UGCAUGCGAGUCAUUCCUCUGCUGUGAGAAUAGGCUGUAUCUGACAGCUUUGGAGUAUUUGUGGCCAACGUCAAAUUCUAACAGUUUGUAUCGUGCAAUAACUAGGUACUACAAUUUUAUUUUAGAAACACGAGAUUUGAAUUGUUACCUCCUUUGGCAGGCGUCUCAGAGGAUUUCACUGUGCCGAGUGGCGUUCUGUUCGCCAUGCAAAGACAUUCACAAGCCAUCUAGAAGCCUUUGCCACGUCAGUGCUUUGUAAGCUGGGCUCCAUAAAUUUAGUAACAUAGGAGAAUCUGGAAAUGCUGAUGAAUUGCUUCGCUUGGAUCUGAAGGUAGUAGUUCUGCUGACGCAAAGGUGGCAGCUCCAGUUGCCAGGGAAGAGCCAGAGCUCUGCUCCACCAGUGGUGCAGAGUCCUUGGAGUGAAGAGACUAUGUAUUGAUAUUGCUCUUAAGCAGACAGGAAAUAAGCCAUUCUUCUUGCUCCUCAGGGCUUUCUGUCCUACACUGUGCCUUAAACAUGGAAACUGUAGAAAUGAAUAGUGUAUCCUUGAAACGUCCUUGCUCUGAGGAUGAUGUGGCUAACGCAGAUGAAAUUAAAAGACAGAAGAUCUCGGAGGAGUCCAAGACAGGGAAGGACUCUGGGCAGAGCGUUGAGACUGUAACAGAACAACCUGACAAAUCUCUGCUUGAGGACGCGAAAAGUGAAAUAAUCCCCAAUGAGGAAAGUGAGGAGCAGGAAGAUGAGGAACUAGAGGGCAGUGAUGAAGAUGGAGAUCCAGAGAGCUUUGCAGACAUGAUGAAGCAUGGACUGACAGAAAGUGAUGUUGGCAUAACUAAGUUUGUUAGCUCUCAUAAAGGGUUUUCUGGAAUCUUAAAAGAGAGAUACUCAGACUUUGUUGUCCAUGAAAUAGGCAAAGAUGGACGUGUGAGCCAUUUAGAUGACUUUUCUGUUCCAGUGGAUGAUGAGGUAAAUUUUGAGGACCCAUCAGAAGAAACAUUUACAGUUUUGUCAGAUGAGGACAAGCAGCGUUUAGAGGAGCUCCAGCUUCUUAAGAAUAAGGAAACUAGUGUUGCCAUAGAGGUAAUUGAAGACACCAAAGAGAAAAGAACAGUUAUCCAUCAAGCUGUGAAGUCCUUGUUUCCUGGACUGGAGACUAAAACAGAAGAUCGAGAUGGAAAAAAAUAUAUUAUUGCUUAUCAUGCUGCUGGGAAAAAAGCACUGGCAAAUCCAAGAAAACACUCUUGGCCAAAAUCUAGGGGAAGCUACUGCCACUUCGUACUGUACAAGGAGAACAAGGAUACUAUGGAUGCCAUUAAUGUCCUAUCCAAAUUUUUAAGAGUGAAGCCAAACAUAUUUUCCUACAUGGGAACUAAAGAUAAAAGGGCUAUAACAGUUCAAGAGAUCGCCGUUCUUAGAAUCACUGCACAACGACUUGCUCAUUUGAAUAAAUGUUUGAUGAACUUCAAGUUAGGAAAUUUCAGUUACAAGAACCAUCCACUGAAAUUAGGAGAACUGCAAGGGAACCAUUUCACUGUUGUUCUCAGAAACAUAACAGGAACUGAUGACCAGAUAGAGCAAGCAAUGCACUCUCUCAGGGAAAUUGGGUUCAUUAAUUACUAUGGAAUGCAAAGAUUUGGAACCACAGCUGUUCCUACGUAUCAGAUCGGCAGAGCUAUUCUACAGAAUAACUGGAAUGAAGUAAUGGAUUUGAUACUAAAACCGCGACCAGGAGCUGAAAAGGGAUACUUAGUAAAAUGCAGAGAAGAAUGGGCAAAGACUAAAGAUCCAGCAGCAGCCCUCAAGAAACUACCCGUAAAAAGGUGCGUGGAAGGACAGCUUCUACGCGGACUCUUAAAGUAUGGAAUGAAGAACAUAAUCUCUGCAUUUGGCAUAAUACCAAGAAAUAAUCGUUUAAUGUACAUUCAUAGCUACCAGAGUUACGUGUGGAAUAAUAUGGUGAGCAAGAGAAUAGAAGAAUAUGGGCUUAGAGCUGUACCAGGAGACCUCACACUUAAAGGAGCCACAGCUGUUCAUAUCAAAGAAGGAGAUGUUGAUAACUACACUAUCCACGACGUAGUGAUGCCAUUGCCUGGAUUUGAUGUUAUUUAUCCAAAGCAUAAAAUUGGUGAGGCCUACAAGGAGAUGCUAGUAGCUGACAAUCUUGAUAUCAACAACAUGAGGCAUAAAAUCAGAGAUUAUUCGCUUUCUGGAGCAUACAGAAAGAUUAUAAUUCGACCUCAGAAUGUCAAUUGGGAGGUUGUUGCAUAUGACGAUCCCAGAAUUCCGUUAUUUACUACGGAUUUGGAUAAGCUGGAAGGAAAACCAUUACCAGUUCUUCCUACAGAUGGUAAAUUCAGGGCGCUAAAGAUGGAGUUCUCCCUUCCCCCAUCCACUUACGCUACCAUGGCGAUUCGAGAAGUUUUGAAAAUGGACACAAGCAUAAAAAACCAGACCCAGCUGAACACUACCUGGUUACGCUGAAUGAACUGCGAAAGUGGCUUAGAUUUUAACAUAUAUAAAGUGUUUUCCUAUUUACAUACUCUGUACAAAUCUUUAAAGACUGGUAGUAAGAGAUUUGUAUUUUUUUAAGUUUUUAUUAGCGCGAGCAUUUAACUUAAGUAGUUAUUUGCAAGAUGGUGGCUGUAAUAUAAUACAGAUCUUAGUGAUUGGUGCUUUUUAAUUGAUAAGUUGCUUGAGCUGUAACAUGGGUGCAUCUUUAAGAAAUGGGCUUAGAAUAGUUUUGGGCUAUUCUACUAAGAAUGUUUAACUUGCCUUUUUUUUUUUUUUGGCAAGCACUGAAUGUUUUCAUGAAUUCAGCGCACCUUGAAGUCUCUUUGAAUACAUUAAAUUACAGCUUAGGAAAAUGAGUUACAACAAAAUUAAGCUAUUGAUGAACGUUUAGGAAAAUGAGU